AUGGAUGCUGGAGCGCCGUGCACUCUGCCACUCUUUAUUGGAGUGUUGGUGUUUUGUGCCACAGCCUCGGCAGCCAACCUUGAAAGGGAGCUGUUUAAGGAUUUGAUGAAGGGCUACAACAAGAACGUUCGGCCCAUGGAGAAGAGUGGAGACAUCACUAAAGUCUCCAUCAAGAUGACGCUCACCAACCUCAUCUCUCUGAAUGAAAAGGAGGAGGCCCUGACCACCAACGUCUGGAUAGAAAUGCAAUGGUGCGACUACAGGCUGAGAUGGGACCAGCCACCCAGGUCAGCUCUGUAUGGGAACAUCACCUCUAGUCUGCGUGUCCCCUCCAAAAGCAUCUGGUUGCCUGACAUUGUACUGGAGAACAACAUUGAUGGACAAUUUGAGGUAGCUCUUUACUGCAAUGCACUGGUGUCUCCUGAUGGCUGUGUGUACUGGCUGCCUCCUGCUAUUUACCACAGCGCCUGUGCCAUCACUGUGAACUAUUUUCCCUUCGACUGGCAGAACUGCACCAUGGUCUUCCGCUCGCAGACUUACAGCGCCAAUGAGAUCGAGCUGGUUCUCACAAAAGAAGAUGACAUCACAUUAGAGUGGGUGGAUAUCGACCCAGAGGCCUUUACAGAGAAUGGAGAGUGGAUUAUCAGACACAGACCAGCCAAGAAGGUGAUCAACACUCAGUACACCAAAGAUGACCUGGAGUAUCAGGAGCUGGUCUUCUUUCUUAUCAUUCAGAGGAAGCCUGUCUUCUACAUCAUUAACAUUAUUGCUCCCUGUGUCCUCUUCUCCUCCCUCGGUCUGCUAGUCUACUACUUACCUGCCAAAGCUGGUGGUCAGAAGUGCACCAUGUCUAUUGUGACUCUUCUGGGCCAGACUGUGUUCCUCUUCCUCAUUGCUAAGAAGGUUCCAGAGACUUCUCAAGCGGUGCCUCUUAUUGGAAAGUAUCUGAUGUUUGUGAUGUCGGUGACCACCAUGGUAGUGAUAAACAGUGUCGUAGUCCUCAACGUAUCCCUGAGAACCCCAAACACUCACAAAAUGGCAGACAAAGUCCGGAAGAUCUUCCUAAACAUCCUGCCUCGCCUACUUAGGAUGCAGAUGCAACCCUGGACACCAAACGCCAGCAAUGCAUCAGAAAUGAGAAAUGGUGGAACUGUGUCUGCAGGCAGGAAUGGUGUCCACCUGGUUCCCUGCCGUCGCCGCAGCUCUAUCACUGUCAUCACUAAGGCGGAGGAAUACGUAAUGAAAACAGCUCGGUCUGAGCUCAUGUUUGACAAACUCAGAGGGAGAAAUGGAUUGAUGAAAUCAGUGCUGGAGAAGCUACAUGAUGGGCUGGAGGGGGGUACAGCACAGCACCUUGUUAAUAGUCUAGCAAAGGCCAGUCCAGAGCUGAAGCAGUGUGUGGCCUCCUGCAAACACAUCGCUGAGACUGCAAGACAGCAGAAUGACUUCCAGAGUGAAAAUGAAGAAUGGUUCCUGGUUGCCCGUGUCAUCGACAGGGUCUGCUUUAUUGUCAUGGUGUUGGUGUUUUUUAUCGGCACUAUUGGCAUCUUCUUGAUGGGCCACUUCAACCAGCCGCCCUCUACACCUUUUCCUGGGGAUCCAAAGAAGUAUCUCCCUCCACUACACAACAUAACUGCUGUAGCAGGAAUAGAAACAAACGCCUUAGGGUGA